GGCGCAAGGGCAGAGGUGGUGCGGCGCUCGGGGGCCGGGGCAUGUUGAGGGUGCAGGGCGCGGGCGGGGGGAUCUGAGCCCCGCGCCAGCCCCAUGGCCCCGGGACGGGCAAGGAUGGUCCCUCCGGGAUCCGGCAGCGGCUGCCUUGUCCUGCUGGCCGCGCUGCUGGUCCUGGAGACGGCGAGAGUGAGCGGAGAAUCGGACCCCCCCGACCUUGUGUACCUGCCAGCCGAACUCAAAGUGCUGGACAUUCCAGACCAUUUCCGGCUGCAGCGGGUGGAUCGGUACCUGCCGGGAAAUGCUUCCCUGGGCUCCCGCUCUGAGACUUACCUCCUCCUCCAUCGCCAGCCAAUGGCAAAGCCACUUGUCCAAGCCACCUACCUGCCCUUCACUGCCCAACAGGUGGUGCUGGCAGCUGAUCCCCACCACAGGUACGGCUCCGUGGCCUGGGAUGUCCGAGCCGUGUCCAUUGAGGGCACAGUUUCUCCAGCUGAGCCGUAUGCCAGGGUCCUCUUCCACCUCAAGGGGCAGGACUGGCUGCUGGGACGGCACGACCUGCCCUGUGUCUCCCUGCAUGCUUUCCAUCAGAUGCGGGCUGCACAUGGAGCCUGUCACCUCCAGGCACCCCUGGGAGUGUGCGUGGUGGAGCUGGAGUUCCCCCCACGCUGGUUCUCCACCACACACCCCUCCUCACACAGCCGGCGCAGAGCUGCGGAGCCCGCCCAGCACCCUGAGCGAGCCGAGCUGUACUACAGCCUGGGGACUGGGGAAAUGUCUGCAGAGUGUAGCCAUGCGGGGCCCCGGGAGAGGCCCCGGCUAGGCACUGAGGGCACCAAGGAGAGACUGCACUAUGUCGGCGCUGUAGAGCUGCGAGCCACGGAUCCGCCUCGGCGCCAGGAAGUGCGGCUGGAUGACAACGUGCUCAUCCGGGUCCCCGACAUGGCACUGCGGCCAGGGCAGCUCUUCACGGCCACCCUGAUUCUCCAGCAGAACUUCACCGCUGACCUACUGACCCUGAGGAUCAAGGUGAAGAAGGGGCUGCAGGUCCUAGCGGCCCGUCCCGCUGUCCCCGAGGCCUGGACGGCCAAGCUGGACAAGUUCAAGGGUUCCAAGCAUCACACCGCUCUGGUCACCUGUCGCCGACAGGAUGCUGGCCAGUUGGACUGGAGGGCAGCGGAUUUCCCCGAGUUCCUCUACCUGGAUUUGGCAGUGGAGAACGGCACAAGGGGCCUGGCCUCCACGCGCCCUGUCACCUGGCAGGUGGAGUACCCUGGCCAGGAUCCUGAAGCCGAGAAGGACAAGAUGGUGUGGGAGAUCCAGGUGUCGGAGCGUGAUAUCAGGGCGCUGGUCCCGCUGGUGAAGGAGCAAGAGAUCGUGAACACUGCCCCCCUGACAGGGAUCCCCCAGGCGGUGCCGGUAAAGCUGGUUGCUGUGGAGAUGGGGGGAGCUGUGUUCGAGGUCACCGAGCAGAUGGGGUGUGAGUCUGCCAACAAACAGGUCCUGAAGGUGACGGACGCGUGCGACUCCGUCUACGUGGGGGGCAAGGAGAGCCGGGGUGCCCGUGGGGCACGAGUAGAUUUCUGGUUCCGCCGGCUCCAUGCCUCGCUGCUCUUCACCGUCUGGGUGCCGCUGCUGCCGCUGCGCGUCGAGCUGACCGACACCACGCUGGAGCAGGUGCGCGGCUGGAGGGUGCCUGGCGCCGCUCCUGACAGUAGCCUAGCGGAGCCCGAGGAGGCUGGGGAGGAGGCAGAGAGACAAGCUCGUGGCUGCCGGCUCCAGUACCAGCGCGCCGGCGUCCGCUUCCUGGCACACUUUGUGGCUCACCCACUGGACGGUGGACGGCACCUGACCUACAUGCCAAGCCCCGACUGGCUCUUGGAUGUCUCCCACCUAGUGGGCGGGCAAGCCAAGGUGCAGGACCCCCGCGUGGCCACGCUGGAGGGUGGGAGCGUGGUGAUUGGCCACGAACCAGGAGUGACGUCAGUGGAGGUGCGCUCCCCCGUCUCAGACUCCAUCCUGGGCGAGCAGACCCUGGUGGUAUCGGAUGAGAAGGUGGCCGUGUUGGAGCUGCAGGCCCAACUGGUGUCAGGCCUCUCGCUGGCGCUGAGCACGGAGCCGGGACACCCCGACGUCUUCACCGCCACCUGCCAGGCACUCUCAGCCCUGCACUCCCCAAAGCAGGAAGCGGUACUCAGCGUCUGGCUGGCAUUCACCGACCACACGCUGGCCCCCGUGGAGCUCUACGGCUGGCGGGACGUGGCGCUCUCCAUCUCCUCCCUGGACCCUGGCGUGGCCUGGGUGCGGCCAGAUGAGGAGCUGGCUCGCCCACUGAUCGUGGCCGAGGGGCCGGGCCGGGGGCCCCUCCUGCAGCUGGGCCUGCACACUGCGGACUUCUGCCGCAAAGGCAAGCACCGGGCACCGCUGGCUGUUGGCACCGCCUGGCUGGAGGUGGGCAUCAGCCGGCAGCUCCCAACCCCUGGUGGCCCACAGCCCCGCGAUCCCCGCCCGGAGUCCCCCUUCCAGCGGGCCGAGGGGGCCAUGUCCGGGGAGGCGGUGACAGCAGCAGCUACGGAGCCCAUGGUGGGGCCCCAGAAAUGGGCCCCAGCCAGGGUGGGACCCGACCUGACCAAGUUUGAGGGGCCCCAGGGCGGCACCUCUUCCGAGGAUGAAGGGCCUGGGGAGGAGGAGAAGGAGGAGGAGAUGGUGAAGGCCCCCGAGCAGGUGACAGACCUGGAGAUUGGGAUGUACGUUCUCCUGGGCGUCUUCUGCCUGGCCAUCUUCAUCUUUCUCGUAAACUGCAUUGUCUUUGUGCUGCGCUAUCAGCGCAAGGAGCCCCCUGAUGCUGGGCUGGGCCCAGCCCCCUCCACCCAGCAGCCCCAUAACUGGGUGUGGCUGGGCACCGACCAGGAGGAGCUGAGCCGCCAGCUGGAUCGCUGCAGCCAGCACCAAGAGCUCAGCCCCAAUCCCACCCCCGACCCCUCUGCUGCUGCCAAAGAUGGUGGAUGCUGCUGCUGCGGGACUCCCCCGGGCACGGAGAGAGGCAGGGGGGAGGCUGGGGCCCCUGAGUUCACGGAGCCUGAUUGGGGGGUCUCCACCAGCACUUUCCUCCCUGCGGUUCUGGGGAGCCCGGCCCUCCCCAGCACCUUGUCCCAGAAAGAGGUGGCUGCCCCGGGGGGCAGGCGUAAGCGGGUGGAGUUUGUGACCUUUGCCUCGCCCCGGGCCCCUGAAGGCGCCGCAUCCCCCCCGCCCUCCUCCGCCCCCACUGUCCAGUCCAUCCUGGUGGCCAGCGAGGACGACAUCCGCUGGGUCUGCGAGGACAUGGGGCUGAGGGACCCUGACGAGCUGAGGAGCUACAUGGAGAGGAUCCGGGGCAGCUCCUGACCUUGGCUCCCCCACACCCCACUGAUACCGUGCAGGGCAAAGCAGUAAGGGACCAGCCCCCGCUCCCCUUGGCCACCCUCCCAGGGAUCUGCACUGGGAUCCACUGGGCAUUCUCUGCCCAAACCUGCUCCCUCCCAGUCUGUGUUCGGAGGAGAGUACUGCCCCCUGGGGUUGCUGCCAGGGGUCAGGGCUCUACCCACUAGGGACGAGUCAUACGCCCCUUGAUCGCUGCGAUGUAGGGCUGCGUUCUAUAUUGACUCUGUCUCUGUCCCGGAGAUCCAGUCUGGGCGCCCUCAGUUUCUACCUUGAUCCCAGCUGAGGCCCCUCUUUCCCUCUCACUGGAGGGAGUUUGACCUUCUGGAUUUGGAACCCAGGCGUCCUGGUUAUCGCCCAGGAUCUGGGGGUACUUUCCCCACUGGUCUCCAACCCACCGAGGGGCAAGCUGGUGCCAGAUUCCCAUUUUGCUUUGGCUCUCAUUGCAAUGUUGUGUUGAUUGUGAUGGUUUUCAUGGCAAAUGUCCUUCCUGUGGUCUGACCAUCGGGAUAUUCUUCCCCCCACCCUCGGCUCACCUUGCAAGGGUGGGCCCCCUCCCCGGGGGUGCCGGCCGGCCCCCUUCACCCUGGCCAUGUGUUCGUUUUGUACGAUCUCUGGCAUUUUAUACCUGUAGCAUCAGGAGGCUGCCAUGACGGGUCCUUUAUUUAUGGAAGAUUUUUAAUUCUUAUGUUGUUACAAAAAUAAAGUAUUUAAAAACAAAUACCCAGCCCCUGUGCGAAUGGGGUGGGGGAAGGAACCUUUCCAUCCUUCCCUGCCUUUAUACUCAGAGCACCCCCUGGGUGGAAGGAGGAGAUGAGCAGCUGCAGGCUCCUGCUGCUAUCAAACUUCUCCAGUCUCUCGGCCUCAUUCUCAGCCCCCAUCUGCCACCGUAGGCCAUUCUUCCACUGGACUAUAGAGGGGAAUGCGGGAUGGCCCCUUGGGAAUACCCCCUGCACUGAGGGGCCUUCCCAGCUGGUAAAGAAUUGGGAGAAGGGCCUAGCUACCAGCCCCCAGCAAAUGAGGUGGAUCGGAGGCGUAGCUGAAUUGCAUUCACUGUGGCUGUUAUCUGCUUGCCACAGGAAGCAGCUCAUGAAUCAGAGCAGCCCUGGGGCUGCUCUAACCUGUCCCGGGGCAGGCACAGCCCAAGAAUACAGGGAGCAUGACAGUGUCUUAACAGCAGCCCCAUGCUGGAGGCUCAAAGAGGUGUCUCCAUGAAGAGAAACAUGCUGCGUGUGAGGUCAGCAGGAACAUGCGCGCACUUGAUUCAUAGCCCACACAGCCGCACGGUGAGAACGGGCCUCUUAAGAGCAGCCUUAUCUAAAAGGAAAAGUUACCCUUGGGACCUGAGCCAGGCAGCAGGGCUCCCCUCUCCUUGCUGUCCCAGCCUGCCCUCCCCACUGCCAGCAGCUUCAGCCUGUUUGACAACCCGGCCCACAGACCAUCAGAUCGAUUAGAAUUAGAUUUUCCAUUGCCAAGGAAAGCAGGUGCAUGGCUCCCUCGCUGGGCCUGCAGAAGAGGCAUCUCACGCGGGAAUUGUCAAUGGUUUCAAACCUGCAAAUGCGGAGGAUCCCAAAUGGGAGAGAUGGCCAGUUGGUUCCAAAGUGUGCCCAGCCCAGUGUUGCUGUGGGUUGGGAGCUUGGCUUAAAGGGAGGCUGCCACCUUUUGACUUGCUGUGGUUUUAGGAUGCUGAAAGAAUUUGGAGGAUCAGAUGGAUUCUUUUGUUCCCCGUUGCUGCUUGUCUGUUUGCAUUUCAGCUUGGACAGCGAAACUAGACAAGGAAGAAGGAUGGGCUAGGAGUUGGCACUCAGAGAUGAGUUUAGUUUCUAGCCCAGCCACAGGCUCCAGCGUUGACCUUGGGAAAGUCCUACUCAUGCAAAUGCCCAUGCUUAACUUUGUGCACCCUAUGCAUAAAUGUUCAGGGGAGGGGGGGGUAGUUUAAUCUCUGUGCCCCAGAUCACCAUCGUAAAAUAGGGAUCUGAAAACUUCUCUUCACGGACAGGAAUUUGCUCCCCACUCAGCUUGGCAGAGACCUUGGGAGCUUUUCACCUUCCUCUUCCUGUAAGCCCUCAGCUUGACUCUGCUGAGAGGUUAGGUUGUUGAGACCUUAGGUUCCCUCGGAAAACAGCAGGUCUGUCAGCGAGGUGGAAAGUAGAGUUGUUUGAAAUCUAGCAGUUUCAGUUCCUGGUGAGGUCUGUGGGCAGAAUUAGCUGGAUAUACAGAUCUCACUUCAAUUCCCUGCCACUGCAGAGGCCUUUGAUGACAUGCACCUCAAGGGCAGCAUCUCCGAAUCAUAGAAUAUCAGGGUUGGAAGAGACCUCAGGAAGUCAUC